AUGUUCUACCUAUUCGUGGCCCUGGUUGGCCUAUUUUCCUUCACCUUCGCUUCCCCGAUUCUAAUCGACUACACUACUGGCAUCAUGGAUACUCUUUCCAAUGAACAAAAUACAGGAAACAAGUUGAUGGGCAUCGUCAGCAACCGCCAAAACGCCAGUGAAUAUGACGAUGAUAUGAAACGUGCCAGAGAUGCAGGUAUCGACGCAUUUGCAUUGAACAUUGGCACGGACCAGUACAACGACGUCCAGCUAGACUAUGCCUAUGAAUCUGCUGCCAACAAUGGUAUGAAAGUGUUCAUCUCUUUCGACUUCAACUGGUGGCAGAUCAGUCAGGGCAGUGAAGUCGGCGCCAAGAUUGCGCAGUAUGCUGGUCAUCCGGCGCAACUUAUGGUCGACGGGAAGGUCUUUGUGUCGUCAUUUUCCGGCGACGGUGUCGAUGUCGGUGCGAUUAGAUCCGCUGCUGGCCGGGAGAUCUUCUUCGCGCCAAACUUCCAGCCCGGUAAGGGCGAUUUCGAAAAUAUUGAUGGUGCUCUCAACUGGAUGGGUUGGGAUAGUAACGGAAAUAACAAGGCCCCCAGUGGAGGGCAGGAGAUCUGUGUUGCAGAUGGUGAUAAGGUCUAUGAGGAUGCUCUUCAGGGGAAAGCAUACAUUGCACCUAUCUCGCCUUGGUUCUCGACACAUUUUGGCAGCGAGGUCUCUUACCCCAAGAACUGGGUGUUCCCUUCUGACCUCCUCUGGUAUGAGCGGUGGGAAGAGAUCCUACGUCUUAGCCCUCGUUUUGUGGAGAUCAUCACCUGGAAUGACUAUGGUGAGUCGCACUAUAUCGGCCCUCUAUCAUCACCACACACAGACGACGGUGCCUCGAAGUGGGUGAUGGACAUGCCCCACAACGGCUGGCUCGACAUGGCCAAGCCAUACAUUGCCGCCUUCAAAGCAGAGUCAAGACUGCCCAUCAGAUUCAUAGAGGAAGAAAAACUAGUUUACUGGUACCGACCAACCCUAAAGAGCGUCGACUGCGAUGCAACCGACACAACAAUGCAAGGUAGUCCCAACAACGCCAGCGGCAACUUCUUCCGCGGCCGGCCGGACGGGUUCGACACGAUGAAAGAUGAGGUGUUUAUCGUCACAAUGCUGAAAUUGCCUGCGACUGUGCGGGUGAAGUCUGGCGAUAAGACUGAGACCUUCAUCGCACCUCCGGGGGUCUGGUCACACUCGGUGCCGAUGGGUGUGGGCGCGCAGAGUUUCAAAGUCUCUCGCGCCUUCCGCACGGUUCAGGCUUUGUCGGGUACGAGCUUGAGGGAUGUUGUUGAGACGUGUGCCUGUCCCAUUUACAACUUCAAUGCUUAUGUCGGCACUCUGCCGGCAGAGUCGUGCAUUGACCGGCUACAACCGGAUGGGUUGACUAUGCUGGCGCAGGGGUUGCAGGUGACACCCCCGAUUAACACUCUGGGAUUGUAA